CGUCACGUGACCCCCCGGUCGGUGACGUCAGAGGCGGCGGCCCGGCCGGCUCCGGCCCAGCGGGACCAUGGAGGAGACGGGGCAAGAUGGGGUGUCUUCUCCCGCUACGCCUGGGACAGGCAAAUCGAAGUUGGACACACUACCCAAGGAAGAUCUCAUCAAAUUUGCCAGGAAACAGAUGAUGCUUAUCCAGAAGGUUAAAUCGAGAUGCACAGAACUGGAGAAAGAGGUGGAAGAACUCAAAUCCAAACCAGCCCCUGGAGGAAAUGAUGAUGUGAUUCAGGUUCUCACCGCGCGGCUGGACGUCGUCCUUCUGGAAAAAGCAGAGAGCCAGCAACAGUGUGUAACGCUCAAGAAAGAAAACGCUCAAAUGAAGCAAGCUGCAGAGGAUUCUAUGGCGAAGAUGGAAGAUCAGCGGAAAGGAUUUGAACGAUCAACCGCCAGCCACUUGAAGGAAAUCGAAAGCCUUAAAAAUGAAUUGCUAGAAGCAGAGUCCAAGCACAAGGCGGAUAUAACCGGCCUGCGGAAGGAACUAGAGGAGGCGCUGAGCAAACAGUCGGGGCCUGAGGUCCGGCCUGACGGUCCCGGGGAUUCCCGGGAUGAUGUUAAAAGCCUCCAAGAGGAGAUCCGGCGACUGAAGCCCGCGUACGAGGAACGGAUCUUCCAUUUGAAGAAGGCGCUGGAGGCUGCCGGGGAGGAGAAGAGUAGGGAGGUGAAUGACCUGCACCAGACUAUCAGAGCUAAUUCCCAGCAUCACCAGAGUGAAAUCAGUCGCUUGCAGGAAGAGCUGGGACAACUCAAGGGUUCAUUUCAGGAAGAAGCGGCCGGUCUGAGGCAUCAGCUUGAAGCUUCCGCUAAAGAAUAUGAGGAAGAAACAAGCAGGAUGAAUCAAGCGAGGCGGGAUUUAAUAGAGCAGUGGGAGGCCAAAGAGAAGGACCUGCAAGAGAAGUAUGAACUCGAAUUAGAAACCCUUAGAGGGGCAUUUAAUGAAUACAAGCGAAACCAAGCAGCCCGUUCAGAGGUACAGGAUGCUCCACAGAUGGAUCAAGGACCGCUGGAAGAAGUCAAACGCUUAGAAGACCGCUUGAAAGAACUCGAAUCUCAACAUAGCAUAUUAAAAGACGAAGUAACGUACAUGAACAAUCUUAAAUUAAAACUGGAGCUGGAAGUCCAGAGCAACAAGGAGGAGUUUUUCCACGAGCGGGAAGACCUAGAGUUUAAGGUUAACGAACUGCAACUUGCCAAAGAAGACCAGUGCUGCCUAAUGGAAAGAUUAAAAUUGGACCUAGAAGCUGCGACGAGGCAGUACCGCGCUGCCGUCGAACAGCAGGCCGAGAGAGAGCGGGUCCUCCUUGACCGACAUCAGCGUGAGAUCUCGGAGCUCAGAGAGUCGUUAUUGUCCGAUUCAGAGAGAGAGAAGCUGUCCUCUCUCUUCGAAAUCCAGAGGCUGAAGGAGCAGCGUGAAAGCCUUCAGCGAGAGAAAGAGGAGGCGGUUUCUAAUUAUGAGACUCUGAGGGAGACCCUGGAGACCCUGCAGCUGGAACUGGGGGAGUCGGCCGGGAAGAUAAGUCGAGAGUUUGAGUCGAUGAAGCAGCAGCAGGCUUCCGACGUCCAGGAGCUGCAGCGGAAACUCAGGGCGGCUUUCAACGAGAAAGACGCUCUCCUGGAAACAGUGAACCGUCUCCGAGGGGAAGCAGAGAAGCUGUCAUCUCAGCGCGAAGAAGCUGAGGAGCGGGCGGGCCAAGCUAGGAGCUUGCGGGAAAAGAACGAAGAGAUGGUAGCCUGGCUCACUCGAAAAGAUUCCGAGUUCAGAGAACUUCAGGCCAAAAUAAGUGCUCUGGAUGCUGAAAAGGAUCACGCCCUAAGUGAAGCGAGAAGCACUCGGGAUGAACUGGGUGCACUCCGGGAAAAGUAUGAAAGGGAAGAGAAGGAGAGUUGCAAACUCAGGGCAGAAGCGGACCAGUUCACUCGGUAUAAGAGAGAACUGGAACAGCGGGUGAAAGAAUUAACGGACGCUUUAGAAAAGACCCCUAAGGAAAAGGAGCAAAGUGACCAAAAAGGGGGAAAGUUCGAGGAAGAGAUUACGGUAUCGUUUCAAGAGCAGGAAAAGCUGUCAGCGGACAUAAAGGUCCUCCAGGAGGAGAAUGAGAGGUUACAGAAGGAAAAGGAGAAAAUGAGUAGAGAGUUGGAGGCACUGGCUUCUCAAAAAGAAGGGGACCUGAGUUUUAAAGAGCAAGCCGCAGACACGGCAAAGAAGCUUCAGGAGGCGCUGGAAGAGAAGAGCAGAUUGGAUCGGUUACUGAACCACGAGCAGACUCAGGCGUCCUGUGUCAAGGCUCAGCUGAUGGAUUUUGUAAAACGGAUGGGACCCAGCAUCUCGGUAGAAAGCGACGAAGAUAACGUCGACAGCGUCCUACAAGCCCUAAGUGAGUCGGUAGCAAAAAUCAAUGAAGAGAAGGAGAGCGUCGUUCUACGGAACGCCGAAACGGUUCUUGGGUUGCAGAGAGAGAUCGAGCGGCUGCAAGAAGAAAAUUUAGCUCAGGACGAAGAGUUCAGAUCUUUACUAAAAGACCACGAGAAAGAAAAGGACCUCCUGAAAGAAGAGCUGGAGGGAACCCUGUCCGAAAAACAAGCACUCCAGGUCGACCUCUUAGAGAUGAAGGAUGUAAAUGAAAAAACCAGACUUGAAAACCAGGAUCUAAUAGCUCGCCUCGAAGAGGUCUCUCAGAAACUUGAAAGUGAAAAAGAAGAGGUGCAAGGUGGACUUUCAGUAGAGCAGCAGGGAAACCCGCAGCUUCUGUUGGAGCGAAAAGAAGCUGAACUUCAGGAUGUGAGAACAGAGCUGACAUCUCUGAAGGAUUCCCUCCGGAGAGCAUCCUCUGUAAAAACGGAUCAACAGUCUGCAGUGACGGAACUGGAAGAUAAAAUCGUUACCUUAGAGAAGGAAUCCAAAGAGAAGGACGAGAAGUUAAAUAAGAUCAAGGUUGUUGCCGUGAAGGCGAGGAAAGAACUGGAGGCCAGUAGAAAAGAGGCUCAGGGUCUGAGAGUAGAACUUGAAUCGAUCCAGUUGGAGAAGGAGCAGUUGUCCGCUUCCAUGAGGGAUCUCGUCCAAGGAGCAGAAGGCUAUAAGAAUCUUUUGUUAGAAUACGACAAACAAGCGCAGCAGUUGGAUGUGGAAAAAGAACGUUCCACUGAUUUUGAGCGUCAAAUAGAAGACCUUACAAAGCAGUUAAGGACGUCGGGUCUUCAGUGUGACAAGUUGAGCUCUGACAAUGAAGAUCUCCUCACUCGCAUCGAAACACUUCAGUCUAAUGCCAAGUUAUUAGAAGCCCAGAUUCUGGACACCCAGAAAAGCAAAGCCGCAGCGGAUAAGGAGCUGGAAGCCGAAAAACUUCAAAAAGAACAAAAGAUCAAGGAGCACGCUGAGGCUUUAAAAGAACUUGAAGAACUGCAGCAGCAACUGCAAAAGGAGAGGAAACAACUUCAGAAAACUUUGCAGGAGUUGGAGCUGGUUAGAAAGGAUGCUAAGCAGACCACAUUGAUGGAUAUGGAAAUAGCUGAUUAUGAGCGUUUAGUAAAAGAACUAAAUCAGAAGAUAACUGAUAAAAACAGCCAGAUUGAAGAGUUUGAGCAAGAAGUUAAAAUUCAGAAGCAGAAACAAGAAACCCUACAGGAAGAAAUAACUUCACUUCAGUCUUCAGUGGAACAGUAUGAGGAAAAGAAUACCAAGAUCAAGCAACUGCUGGUGAAGACUAAAAAGGAACUGGCAGAUUCGAAACAAGCGGAAACCGAUCACUUAAUACUUCAGUCAUCUUUGAAAGGAGAGCUAGAAGCAAGCCAGCAGCAACUCGAAGUCUAUAAAAUCCAGUUGGCCGAAAUGACCUCGGAGAAGCAUAAGGUCCAGGAGCACCUGAGGAACUCGGUUGAACAACACCAGCGCACCCUGAGCGCUUACCAACAGAAAAUCACAACCUGGCAGGAAGAGUGCAGCACCGCCAAGGCGGAACAAGCGGCUAUCACCUCGGAAUUCGAGAGCUACAAGGUCCGGGUCCAUAACGUUCUGAAACAGCAAAAGAACAAGUCCGCCGCUCUGGCCGAAACCGAGGGAGCCAAAAAAGAAAGAGAACACCUGGAAGUGAUGGUCGAUCAACUGAAAAUCAAGCUACAAGACACCCAGAAUAAUUUGCAGGCCAACGCCUCUGAACUGCAGUUAUUGCAGUCUGAACAUGACACCCUGCUGGAAAGGCACAAUAAAAUGCUGCAGGAGACCGUGGUGAAAGAAGCGGAACUUCGAGAAAAGUUCUGUUCGAUCCAGUCCGAAAACAUGGUGCUGAAAUCCGAGCAGGCCCAGACGGUGAGCCAGCUGACCGGCCAGAAUGAAGCGCUCCGCACCAGCUUCCGGGAUCAAAUCAGGCACCUUCAGGAGGAGCACAGGAAGACGGUGGAGACCCUCCAGCAGCAGCUGUCGAAGGUGGAAACUCAGCUCUUCCAACUGAAGAGCGAGCCAACUACCAGAAGUCCAGCUGCUUCCCACCAGCCCGCGAAGAAUAUCCGAGAAAGGAGAAAUACAGAUCUCCCUCCUCUAGACAUGCACACUUUUGCAAGGGAAGAAGGUGAAGGGAUGGAAACGACAGACACGGAAUCUGUAUCUUCUACCGGCACUCACACACCAUCGCUAGAACAACUUCUUAAUUCUACCGAAGCUAAACUUGGCACGGGGGAAAGCAGUGGACGAAGGAACUUGGAAAAACAAUCUCUCGUCCUCACCCCCGGGAUAGCGCACCUCACACGGAGAAAGAGGGGCACUCGGGUUGAUGAGCCUCCUCAGUGGCAUGCCGAAUUUACCCGGGAAGAAUUAGUCCAGAAGCUCAGCACCGCCACCAAGAGCACCGACCACCUCAACAGCCUCCUCCGGGAGACGGAGGCAACCAACGCGAUUCUGAUGGAGCAGAUUAAGGUGCUUAAAAACGAAAUAAGGCGACUAGAAAGGAACCAAGAGCGGGAGAAGUCCGUGGCCAACCUGGAAUACUUGAAGAAUGUCCUGCUGCAGUUUAUAUUCCUCAAAGCAGGCAGCGAGAGGAAGAGUCUCCUUCCAGUCAUAGACACCAUGUUGCAGCUCAGCCCCGAAGAAAAGGGGAAGCUUGUCGCAAUCGCACAAGGGGAGGAAGAAAGUGGAAGUUCUCAUUCCGGAUGGACAUCGUACCUCCAUAGUUGGUCGGGACUUCGGUAGGCUCAAAAAAA